UGCCGACAGUCGAAAUCUCAGCCAUUUUUUUCCGUUCCCAAUAGUGGUGAAGAGUGUGGCGUUCAGCGAUUGGAAUAUUCGAUUAGAUACAAACUUGCAAUAUGUCGCUCCAUACAGAGAAACUGAUAGCCGCCGUCAAGAAAGAGGUCAAACAAGUGAUGGAAGAAGCGGUCACCAAGAAGUACAUUCACGAAGAGUCCGGUUCGGUGACUUCGUUGUGUGCCGCCGUGGAAGCCUGCCUUAGCCAGGGACUGCGACGACGGGCCUUGGGUCUGUUCAAAACCUCAUCGACGACGGCGUUGCUCCACAAGGUGGCCAAGCAUUGUCCCGAAGCGGCUCUUAUUAGCAAGAAGGUACAGGAAAUAGAAAAUAACGAUCCUAAUAAACGGUCCUCGUCCAGCAGUGAUAGCACAAAUAAACCACCAAUUUUGAAGAAAGGCAGUAGCCAUUCGGUAUCGACUACGACUCCUCCAUCGUCGCCACCGGUUAUAAAAUAUCUGUGGAUUCGACUAGCAUUGUACGAGAAAAAACUAUCGCGCAUAAUUGAUCAUUUGGUGUCUAACGCAACCCGGUAUUACGAUCGAGAUUCGCUCGUCGCGGAUCCUGACUACGGCUCCAUACUGAGCUCGCUGCUGGUUGGACCCUGCGCGUUGGACUAUUCACGUGCCAAAACUGCAGACCAUUUUUGGACAGAUCCACCGGCGGACGAAUUGGUCCAGCGUCACCGCAUCAGUUCGGUCAAUCCAACGUCACCAGCAAUUCGAAGACCAAUGUUGAACUUCAAGCGUAGUCUUCACACGAGCUCGGACGAAGGCAGCAUGUCAUCCUUCAAGUCCAAUUCGUUAGUAUCCGCUUCGAAGGACUAUGUGGAAUCGCUGCAUCAGAAUUCCCGUGCUACCUUGCUGUACGGGAAGAAUAACGUUCAAGUACUGCCGAAAGAUGCCAGCGAGCCGAUGCCCGGUUAUCUAAGCUUGCAUCAAACCAUCCAAUCGUUGACUAUCAAGUGGACUCCGAACCAGUUGAUGAACGGCUACACGGAAGCGGAGAACAUCGAUAAAAGUUCUUACUGGAACUACGCACUAAACGUGAAUGUCGACGAAAUUGUGUACGUUCAUUGUCACCAGGCUCGCGGAGGAGACACCGGCGGCACAAUCAUUCUUGUGGGACAAGAUGGCGUACAGCGACCACCGAUUCUGUUCCCGGAAGGAGGACAUAUGGCAGCGUUUUUAAGUUGCCUGGAAACUGGUCUUCUGCCACAUGGCCAGCUGGAUCCACCGCUGUGGUCACAGCGUGGUAUCGGUAGGAUUUUCCCAUGGCCGCACAAGUCCCGUCGCAGACCACUGCCAUCGUUGCUGGAGGCCGCUACUAGCGACGAACUUCCGAUCGACUACGUAUUUCGGGUUGUUAACAAAAGCAAUACUGAAGAGUUUCUGGCCACCCAUUCGAUUUUGGAUAUCGGAAGAACUAGCCCCCGCUACAGGGCACAGCUGAGCAGUUGUUCGACCAACGAAAGUAGCGACUGUUCCAGUAAGAGUCUAUCGAUUGAUGCUAUGUCUAUCGACAGUCCAAAUCCGGUUACAAAUCAGUCCACCAGCAUUGCUCUGGUUUGCUCAACAAUGAAAAGACAGAUUAUUUCUAGGGCUUUUUACGGCUGGUUGGCGUACUGCCGCCAUCUAUCGACAGUUCGAACACAUCUAUCCGGUUUGGUUAAUGGGCGAAUAACGCCAGAUAUCGGAGCUGAGGAUGGCCUCACGCGUGCUCGCUGGGAAGGACUCCACGACGAGAAAGGCGUGGUAGCGGACGAUCAGGAAGUGUACCGAUUGGUUUACUACGGAGGAGUUGAGCAUGACAUCAGGCGAGAGGUUUGGCCGUACUUGUUGGGGCAUUACACUUUUGGCACCACACCAGAGGAACGGGCGGAAUUGGAUGAGACUACCAAGCAUUACUAUGAGACUACAAUGAGCGAGUGGUUGGCUGUUGAGGCCAUCGUACGUCAGCGGGAUAAGGAAAAAACGGCGGUGGCUGUGGCGAAGCUCAGCUCCGGGAGUGGCAGUUUGGAGAAUAAGAGCAAGGACGCUGAGAUGGAGGAUGAAAUGGAGAAUGAGGUGUUUGAAGAGAAUGGCUUUUCCGAUAUGUCCGAGCCGGAGGUGGAUGAUGAUGAAGAAAAUUCUAAAGCAAAACAGGCGAAAUCUGGCGAGGUGGUGGAAAAAGCCGAGGUAGAAUACAUAGAAAAGCAGGGAUCGCCCAACCGGCUGGAGUUACCGCUGUCGGAUCACAGCAAAGACAUAGACAGCAAUAAAAGUUCUCCUUCAGAUUCAUCGUACGCUACGGUGGGAAACGAUUUCGUAGACGUUGCCGAUAUGCUGCCAGUCACGAUGAAUGUGGUUGAUGGUUCUAAUGAGGACGAUGCUGAAAUAAUUGCCAAUGGACAGGAUAAGCAAAAUGGUGAUGAUGACGAGGAGGAAGAAGAGGAGGAUGACGAUGAGGGUUCGAUUCAAUCUCCGAGUCAUCCACGGGCUGUGAUCGUUACGGAUGCCUCCAUAGAUGUGAGCAUGUUGAACGAAUCUAGGGAGCCAAAUAAUAAUAUAUUGGAGCCGCUGCCAGAGGAAGCAAGCAAUGCCGGUAUUCAGCUGGAUGCAUUGCAGGAGCCGAAGUCUACUUGCGUGUCACCGGCGAGUUCGAAUGGAGGAAUUUAUAGCAGCGAGUUGCUGGAAUCGUUCGGUCUUAAUCUACAUCGAAUUGAAAAGGAUGUGCAAAGAUGCGAUCGAAACUAUUGGUAUUUUGCCAACGAAAAUUUGGAUAAACUGCGGAAUGUGAUAUGCACGUACGUGUGGGAGCAUUUGGAUGUCGGGUAUAUGCAAGGAAUGUGCGAUCUGGUGGCACCCCUGUUAGUAAUUUUCGACGACGAGUCAUUGAGUUAUGGCUGCUUUUGUCGGUUCAUGGAAAGGAUGAUUGAAAAUUUCCCCAACGGUGGAGCGAUGGAUAUGCAUUUUGCCAAUAUGAGGUCACUGAUUCAGAUUCUGGACUCGGAAAUGUACGACCUGAUGCAUGCACACGGGGAUUACACACAUUUCUACUUUUGCUAUCGGUGGUUUUUGCUCGAUUUUAAGCGCGAGCUAAUCUAUGCGGAUAUUUUCUCUGUGUGGGAAACUAUCUGGGCAGCAAAACACGUGGCUUCGGCCCAUUUCGUGCUGUUUCUGGCUCUUGCCCUACUCGAAACCUAUCGGGAUAUCAUAUUGUCCAACAGUAUGGAUUUUACUGACAUAAUAAAAUUCUUCAACGAAAUGGCCGAACGCCACAAUACGCCCGCCGUACUGAAACUAGCAAGGAAUCUAGUCCUGCAAUUGCAAACUAUCAUAGAAAAUAAAUAA